AUGUGCGAGGUGUGCAUUCGCGCUAAGUCGACGCGGAAGCCAGUUCCUGCUGUGCGCGAGGGUGAGCGUGCGGAGGAGCUUGGUGACGAGGUUCACUCUGACCUGUGGGGCCCUGCGCGAGUCGCCACACUGGGUGGUCGGAAGCAUUACAUUACCUUUACGGAU